AUGAAUUUAAAACUCCGUGGCCAGAACUUUUGGACCACCCUAACCGUAGUAGGUGCAGGUCCAGUUUGGGAAGGUACUUAUGCACUUACUUCCAACUGUAACACCAACACUUGCUGUUGUCCAAAAGGAAAUAUUGUAUUAACACGUUCAUCUUCAACUACGGCUUUAAAUUUUCUCUCUGCUCAAUUUGCCGUCACUGGAUAUUGUGGUUUGACAACUUCGAUUUCUCAAUCAACAACGUAUCCGACUGGCUACUCAUGGUCAGUCGCAUACGGACUUGCUACUGUACAAUUUACACUCAGUACCGACAGCAGCAGCAUUAGUGGUGCUAUUGUGGGUACUUCAUUAUGCUCUAUGACAGCAAAGAAAAUUAACUAA